GCGGUCGUGCCCAUCUCCCCGCUUAAACAAUUUGACGUAGUGACGCACUCAAUAGUACUGACGCGAUCGGUCGCUGUAUUCGAUGCUUGAUAAUAUGUACAAUCACGAUGUGGACCAUCGCAUUUUUAUGUAUUUAUAUAUAUCAGUUCAAAUGGAUAAAUAUACGACGCUUCUUUUUAUGCAUACAAAAGUCGAAUACAUAAACAUAAUAAUACGUCUAUUAUUAUGUGCCUCAAAUUAUCGAGACCGAGUCCAUGCAUAGUAUAAUAAUACGAUCCAAGAGGACCACAGACAUAAAUAAUUCCCGUUAAUUGAAUAUUUUAAUCAUAAUAUGAUGUUCGAUGUUCAGUGUUCACAAAAUUAUAGGAUAAAUGUCAAGGACGUUGUAUAAGACGACGCCACCGGUUUAUAACGCCUUUGAGUACUACGCCGUAAGCACUGGCGAUGCGCUUAGUUGCACAUGCGCAAAACGGACGAUCGAUGCAGCCUACAUUGUUACAUUCCGUAACGCACCGCACGAGUAGACGACGCUACAGGCUGCGGCAACAGCAUCACGGCGAAGAACCACGAUGUCGGUGAUUGAAUAUUCAACAAUAUGUAUAAUACCGUGAAGACUAAAAACUAACGAGGAACAUGUCGAAAACCACCAAGGCUAAGGAAAAAGACGAAGAAUUCCAAUUUUCCGUCGGUGACAAAGUGUUUGCCUACUAUGACGGAUUACUUUAUGAAGCCAAGUGUACAAAAAGACGAGUGACGAAUGAUGGUUACCUUCAGUACUAUAUACAUUACAUAGGGUUCAAAGCUAAGUGGGAUGAGUGGACCGACCAGGAUGAGAUAUUAGAAAUAAAUGAAAUAAAUAUUGGUCACAAGGAAAGAUUAGUAUCUAAUCGUCGAGAAUGUAAGCGGUUGUUAAAGCGAUCUCAAAAAUCGCAAGACUCAAACGAUGCCGAAGAUGGUGCAUCAAAACCACCACCAAGAAAAAGAGGCAGGCCCAGAAAAAAUAUUGAAAAGCCUGCAAAAACAUCUGGAGAGGAUAAAAAAGAUCCAGUUGGAUAUGAAACAAUCCCAGUUGUGGAAGACAAAGAUAUCCCAGUGGUGGAAGAUAAAACAAUCUCAAUUGAAGAAGAUGAAGCAAUUCCAGCUGUAGAAAACAAAACCAUCCCAGUUGUGGAAAACAAUGCGAUCCCAAUUGAAGAAGACGAAGCAACCUCAUUUGUAGAAGACGAAGUCAUCCCACUUGUGGUAGACAAAGCAAUCCCAAUUGAAGAAGAUGAAUCAAUUCCAGCUAUAGAAAACAAAACCAUCCCAGUUGUGGAAAAUAAUGCAAUCCCAAUUGAAGAAGACGAAGCAACCUUAUCUGUAGAAGACGAAGUCAUCCCACUUGUGGAGGAAAAAGCAAUCCCAAUUGAAGAAGACGAAACAAUCUUAGAUGUAGAAGACGAAACAAUCUUAGCUGUAGAAGACCAAGUCAUCCCAGCUGUGGAAGACCAAGCAAUCCCAAUUGAAGAAGACGAAGUCAUCCCAGCUGUGGAAGACCAAGCAAUCCCAAUUGAAGAAGAUGAAGCCAUCCCAGCUGUAGAAGACGAAGUAUUUCCAGUUGUCGAAUACGAAGUCAUCUCAGUUGUGGAAGACAAAGUCAUCCCAAUUGAAAAAGACAAAGAUAUCCCAGUUGUGGAAAACAAUGCAACCCCAAUUGAAGAAGACGAAGCAGUCUCAGAUGCAGAAUACGAAAUCAUAAUAGUUGUGGAAGACGAUGAAAUCCCAAUUGAAGAAGACGAAGAAAUCUCAGCAGUAGAAGACGAGGUCAUCCCAGUUGUGGAAGAUAAAGCAUUUCCAAUUAAAGAAGGCAAAGCGAUCUCGGCUGUAGAAAAUGAAAUCAUCCCUGUUGUAGAAUUCGAAGAAAUUAGAAACAUAACGAUCUCAGAUUUCGAAAACGGGGGAAUCCCAGUUUUCGAAGACGGAGAAAUCCCGGGCUUAGAGGAUUUAGCUAUCCCAGCCUUGGAAGACACCGAAAUUGUAGCUUUAGAAGACAUAGAGAUCUCACCUUUAGAAGACAUAGCACUCCCAGCGAUAGAAGAUGAAGCAGCUGUUCAAGCUGUUGCUAAUAGUCAAUUAAACAUAAUUCCUCGUUCAAGGCUUCUUGCAAAUGAGUUGAGUAAAUUUGAAAUUCCACUUAUUUUGAAAGACGCCUUAGACUUCGAUCGCUCGGUUCACGAGACAGGCCACGUAAAAGUAACAGUAAAGUUUCCUGAGGAUAAUUUUGUGGCUGAAGUUUUGCAUAAGUUCACAAAAUCUUCGUAUUUUGUAGAUACCCAAAACAAAUAUUCAAUUAUGUUUCCAGUUACAUUAAUAGGAUAUUUUAAUUCAACAGUGCACACACACCUCAUAUUCAAGAGGGAGAUAAUAACACAAUUACAGAAUAAGGGGAUGGCACAUUUUCGACAAAGAAUGGCAAAUCGGCCAGACAUCUGCUAUGUAUAUAAAAAUCAACUAAAUCCAAAAAAAAUCUGGUGUUAUGUGUAUGGUCCCAUAUAUCUUCUAAGACUGAUUGUUCGACUGCCAAAAAUUGUGGUAUCUUACCCAUUGGAUCCUGAGUACGAAAUUGAUAGCUUUGUUCUUCAUAUCAAACAAUUGUGCCAGUUUUUGUUGGCGAAUUUUGAUAUGUUUUUCUCAAGCUAUGAUUACGUCUCAGACGAGGAAGAUGCAUAAAAUUACAAAUUGUUUAUAAUUUAGUUUUUAAGAAAAUCCUUGUACAUUACUACAUUGUUAACUAUUAAAUAUUAGUGUAUAUUGUUUUAUAACUUGUUAUCAACGCAUUGAGAUAAAUAAUGUUGUGUAAUAUAUUUUAUUAUUAUUUUAUAUAUUUAAUUUCUUGUUUAUGUG